CACUGUACGAGGCAGAGCUAAUCACUGGCGUCGGCUUCAUCGGUUUGUGCGUCUUGGUUCCAAAGGAUCAAAGCACGUUUUGUGGAACUUCUACUGGUUUUUCCUAGUUCUUUGCAGGGUUCAGCCGCGAUGACAACGCAAAUCACAGUCAAGGAUUUUCCAGAGCUUUCAAAUAUCAAUGUGAGCCUUGUUCUCGACGAGGAUGACGUACCACAAGAAAUCUGUGCGGGUUGCAGCUCCAUUAUGCCACUGCUGUACAAGGUCUCCGGUUGUCGGUACCUUUGUGAAGAAUGCUUGAACAACGACGCAGAGCUACUUAAAGGCAGGAAAAAAAUAACGAACGUGGCGCAGUCAAAAAAGCCGCUAAAGUGGAAGGUGGAAUGGGACGACAUUGAAUACCUUGAGGCACAAUGUCCGAACGAAGUCUGCGAGAAGCACGUGCAACUGUGUCGCAUGCAGGAACAUCUAACACAAUGCGUCUUCAGACCAACUGAUUGCACUUUAAGCCCUGAAGAUGUUGCGGCUUUACUUCCAAUUAACAACAUCAGACUUCAUUGUGCCAAAACAGCAGUGACAUGUUCUCAAGCAAUGCUCGUGGAAAAAACAAAGGGUGUCAACAGUCGCAAGAAGAAAAAGACAGUAACAAAGGCUAAUGACCGCGAAGACGAGAUCGAGUCCCUGAAGAGGAUGGUACUGGAGCUAUCUGCAAAACUAUCAGCGGUGGAAGCAGAACAAAAGAAGCAGCGUUGCCUCGUCUCUGCAGCGAUCAAACGACCACCUUUCUCGUAUAUCUGGAGCAUGAAGUCCUUCAAGAAGUUUAAAGAAGAGGCACUGAAGUCCACAGAAGGCAGCGUCAGUCAGCCUUUCUUUUUCGGAGUUCCUGGCUGCAAGUUCCGACUCCAAGGAAGGCUGUCCCAAACAACGCAUGAUAACCAAACUGUUACCUGUCUUGGAGUCUUCGUUCAGCUCAAGGUGACCGACCAGGAUAGGUUCAGCAAGGUGUAUCACCCCAAAAUGAAGUGCACUGUGGAGAUAGCGUCACACAGCCACGCAGCAGACACACUAGUGUUCCCGUUCAUGUUUAGCGCUGAUGGCAGUGAUGAUCGCCAAACCCCGGGACGUGCACGCUACAUGUGGAACACUUUAUUCAGCAAGCGGAAGUUCGUGACACUGGCAGACCUCGAAAAUGAAGAGCUGGGUUACGUCCAAGACGAUAUUCUUCUCAUUGAGUUCUACGUGCGAGACUGAGUGUGUCGGUGUGAUUUCGCGAGUCUGGCACCAGAUAUCCUAGCACUUCACGCACAGUGUUUAGAAUAUCUAUUGUAUUGUGCUACGAGCAGCCUGAUAAGGCUGUAGCUUUCGUAAUUGCAAACGCACUACAGGGCUCGUGUCUAAUAUUACAUUUCCUUCAAAUACACUCCAUGGUUAACGCAUAGGUAAGCCGUGAACUAUGAAAACUAGGCAUAUGUGAGAGGAAGUUCCGAAACCGUUUAGCAGAAAGCCUCUGCGUCAUUUCUCUUGGCAUUCUUGUAGUGUUCGGUUAUAAUGAACAUUGUAUUCCUGGGCCCUCCAAGAAUGAAAGAAAAAAAAAGAAAGAUAUAUUCUAUUGUGAUGUCUGCGGUACAGUGUCACCGUAUAUUUGUGUUUGGAGUCCAAGUUUGGAACAGUACUCUUUAGUCUUUACUAUUACGUUUUAUAUGCUGAAGGUAUGUGCCAACGUUACUGUUCAUUUCGUGUUGGCAAGGAGGAAGAAAUUUGAGCAAUUCCGCACCACCAAGCUUUCACUGAGUUCAAUGUUAACAACCGAGAGGCGAAUGUAAAUGCCUGUCGAAAGUAUAGCAGGGAAAGCACAUGUAUCGGAUUUCUUUAUUCCAUACGUUUCGUUGGAUGUUGCCACAGUGGAGUCUUCUGGACAUCCCGGCAUGCCACAGUAAGUCCGUGUCUCACACAGACACACCUACGAUGCACAUCUCACUGGUGCCACAUGCGUCUACCAGAAUCCUGACAAAUAUAUCUUUGACAUAUUACAUUUCAUGAAGUGUUCCUUGUUCUCGACAUCAUAAAAUAAAAUUUAUGAGUCAAUCUG